GGAGCGAGCUCGGAAAAAGAAAGAGGAGGAGGAAAAGAGAAUGGAAAUUGAAAGGGAGAAGGAAAGGAUUCGAGCUGGCAAGGAACUACUUGAAGCAAAGCGAAUUGAGGAGGAACAGGAAAGAAAACGUUUAUUGGCCUUCCGGAAAGCAGAGAAGGAGGAAGAGAAAAGAGCAAGGGAGAAAAUCAGACAGAAACUAGAGGAAGAUAAGGCUGAAAGGAGGAGGAAGCUUGGGUUGCCACCCGAAGACCCUGCAGCAGCUGUAAAACCCCCCACACCUGUUGUGGAGGAAAAAAAGAGUUUGUUGCCUGUAAGGCCUGCUACAAAGGCUGAGCGCAUGAGAGACUGUUUACGAUCUCUCAAGCAAAAUCACAAGGACGAUGAUGCCAAAGUGAAGAGGGCAUUCCAGACCCUCCUAACUUACGUGGGAAAUGUUGCAAAGAAUCCGAAUGAGGAGAAGUUCAGGAAGAUUCGACUCAACAAUCCAUCAUUUCAGGAGAGAGUUGGUAGCGUAAAAGGGGGAAUUGAGUUUCUUGAACUCUGUGGAUUUGAGAAAAUUGAAGGUGGUGAGUUCGUGUUUCUUCCAAGGGACAAAGUUGACAUGGCAGUGCUAAACUCAGCUGGGUCUGAGUUAAACUCUGCGAUCGUAAAUCCUUUCUUUGGUGUUCUCUGAGGUAGGGGACAUCUCUCGUUGCAAGAGGUCUUUUGUGUUAUUUGGGCUCGGAAUAUGCAGAACGGAUAGUUGAAUCUUAAAAAUGAAUCAGUUAAGGACUUUUCAGGUUUAAUGCAUACUUAUGGGUGGAUGAUUUAGGGCUUUGGUUUAAGGAUCAUUGUUGCCCUUGCAGUUAGAACAUUGAAUGUUAAAAGUUAAAUCUUGAAAAAAAAAAAAAAACCCAAGAGAUGGGAAUAAAUGUACAACAUUUUCUCUCCUCUUUAAGUUAAUUGUUGCAAAAAGUGAUUCCAUUACCAUA